CCGCCCACAAUGACGAUCACCUACAGCUGCAUUGCUAAUGGCCGGGUGAUCCUGGCGGAUCUGGCCUGGACCGGCGGCUCCUACCAGGAAACAGCAGCAACGGUGCUUAGACUAGUGCUUCUUAGAGCUGAACCAAAGACCACAAUUCAAAUGGGAAGCUUUGUCUAUCACAGUCUCUUCAUUGAUGGAAUCAUCUACCUAUGUGCCUCAGACAAUGCAUUGGAUAUUGUAACACCAUCUGCAUUUCUUAAAAAUGUUAGUGAUAUUUUUCUGAAAAAUCCUUUGAUGUCACAAGAACAUUUUUCUCCUUCAAAUGCCAUUGCUGCCGAUUUUCAGCAAGUAUUAGGAAAGUAUAUGUUAGAAGCAAAUCACAAUCAAGGUGAAGGGGUUUUACAAGGAUAUAACUCACUGGGGAUCACCAUAGGGUGUGUCGACCACAAUGUCUGA